AUGAAGAUCGGCAAAAAAGAAGAAAUAUGGUUUAAGAUUGGAGACAAACGAGCAAGAUUUGGAUUGGAAGAAUUUGUUCUGGUGACGAGCUUAAAUGCUGGUAAUGAUGACAAUGUAGAUAAGACUUUGGGGGCUGAAUGUCAGAUAGUGAAAGAAUAUUUUAAGAAAAGUAUGGGGAAGAUUACGAAGAGAGAUGCUUACAAUUCAUUUUUAUGUUGCAAGAAAAGAAAGAGCGAUAAGUAUAAGUUGGGAUUGAUUGUAAUCUUGGCGUACGUCUUGUGGGCCACGGAGGAAAACACCUUCAUCGAUUUAUGGUGGUUGGAUUUGGUAGAUGAUCUGGACAGGUUCGAGAAGUAUCCAUGGGGAAUUUUUCAUUUGAAUACACGAUGA